AUGGACAGGCUGUCACUAGAAAUACUCGCCAUUAUCGUCUCGUACUUAAAUCCUUCCGAUUUCAUAGAAUACGUCUCUGUCUCACGCCAAUGGCAAUUCGCAAUCGAACGUUACACUUUCCGUUCCCUUCGACUCAAGAGCGACGACUAUGACUUCUUUACCAGAGUCUGCUCUGAUAGUCACCGCGCUGCUGCUAUCGCGGAACUAGAAUACGAUGUCAUCCUUCCGGCCUAUUCUGACGAACAGUGCGCCAAGUUCGAGAGCGAGAAGGACGAGAAGGCAAACAACGAGGCCUUCACUAACGCUAUUAAGCGCUUGUUCGAGACUCUACACCUAUGGGGAAAUCCGAGCAACGACGGCGCACAUAAGAUGAGGGGACGGCCCAUCAUGUUGUCUCUGGGUGCCUACUCGACGACUGAUCCGCGAUAUAGGGAAGCCAAAUUUUGA